CUGUCGCCUCCGCUGAAAGCUUCACUGUCCUAACUCAGUCGAACUGGGAGGAGCUUGAAAAAUGGUGGGGUCUUCCCGAGUUCCCGUAAACAUCGCUUCCGUUUCUGGCUGAAACCACGGCCGAGUUUCAUAACCCGGUGCCUGUCUUGCACUGAGAAUAAAACUGUUCAUAGGAUGAGCUACUGUUCAAAGUUGUGAUGGACCAGUUACAUAGCCGAUGGGUGUUGCAUCUUUUCACUUUUUACAUAAAGUUCUCAGUUAUCGAAUGCAUCUCCAGAACCUACUACAUUGGAAUAAAAGAGGAAACUUGGAACUAUGCUCCGACUGGCAAAAAUCUUAUUACUGGUAAACCAGUUGUCGAGGACAAGCAAGCAUCCAUUUUUCUGCAGCAGGACCAACACCGCAUUGGAAGUGUCUACAAGAAAGCAAUUUACAAGGAAUUCACGGAUUUGAACUACGAUCAGGAAAUUGUCAAACCGGAUUGGCUGGGAUUUCUCGGUCCAGUUCUGAGGGCAGAAGUGGAUGAUGUCAUACUUGUCCACUUGAAGAACUUUGCUUCAAGACCAUAUUCCCUGCAUCCACAUGGUGUUUUCUAUGAGAAAGACUCUGAAGGGGCUCUGUAUCCUGACGGGACCAGAGGGAGAUUUAAGCAUGAUGACGCGGUUCCUCCAGGGGAGAACUACACCUACACAUGGAUUGUGAAACCAGAGUACGCUCCCACUGAUGGGGAUGCCAAUUGCCUUACCUGGGUCUACCACUCCCAUGGUGACGCUCCGCGGGACAUCUCCUCUGGCCUCAUCGGGGCUCUCCUCACCUGUAAAAAAGGCACCCUGCUGCAAAAAUAUGGUCAAUCCAGCAGGCUGGGCCGGGCUGACGUGGACAGGGACUUCUUCCUGAUGUUCAGUGUGGUGGAUGAGAACCUCAGCUGGUACCUAGAGGAGAACAUCGAGACGUUCUGCUCAGAUCCAGCAGGCGUCGACCAUGAGGACGAGGACUUUCAGGAGUCCAACAAGAUGCACGCCAUUAAUGGGUAUGUGUUUGGGAACCUGCCCAACAUGGAGGUGUGUCUGAAGCGGAACGUGUCCUGGCAUCUUUUCGGUAUGGGAAAUGAGGUGGACAUCCACUCUGCUUACUUCCAUGGGCACACCGUGCUAGACAGGGGUCACCGCACCGAUGUCAUCAGCCUGUUCCCAGCUACCUUUGUCACAGCAGAGAUGAUCCCUAGGACAACUGGGAAAUGGAUGCUGAGCUGCCAAGUCAAUGACCACAUAAAAGCUGGGAUGCAAGCCUUUUACCAGGUCUCAGCCUGUGGAAGUGAACAUGGUCUUGGAGAGUCCCCUGCUGGCAGAAUUCGGCAGUACUACAUUGCUGCAGAAGAGGAACUUUGGAAUUAUGCACCACUUGGGAUUGAUACUUUUUUCAAUUUGUCUCUAAAUGACCCCGGAAGCCACUCUGAAGUGUUCUUUGGUACAAGCAAUGGCAGGUUAGGAGGUGUGUAUAAAAAGGUUCGCUAUAUUGGGUACACUGAUGAUACCUUCACCACCAAGAAACACAGAACUGCUGAAGAAGAGCACCUUGGAAUUCUGGGCCCCAUAAUCAGAGCUGAAACUGGUGAUGUUAUUGAAGUUACAUUCGUAAACAAAGCCAAUAAAGCUUACAGCCUCCAGCCCCAUGGCCUGCAAUAUGACAAAACAUAUGAGGGGGCCAGCUAUUCAGAUGAUGCCCAGAGGAAUGGGUCACAUGUACACCCAGGCCACAGAUUCACCUAUGUGUGGAGAGUGAUGGAGGGUCCCUCUCCUAGUGACCCUGCAUGCAUCUCCUAUAUGUACUACUCCUCUACCAACCCUGUUGAAGACACCAGCUCUGGGCUCAUAGGCCCCCUGCUUGUGUGCAGAAAGGAUGCACUGGAUGAAAGUGGGUCACAGAAAGAGGUGGACAGAGAGUUCUUCCUGCUCUUUUCUGUGAUCGAUGAGAACCUCAGUUGGUACCUGGAGGAAAACAUUCAGAGAUUUGGAAAUAAUCAAUCUGACCCAGAAAAUGAGGACUUUCAGGAAAGCAAUAUAAUGCACGCUGUAAAUGGAUUUAUGUAUGGUAGUCUCCCUGGCCUGGAGCUGUGUGUUGGGGAGCGUGUCUCCUGGCACAUGCUGGGUCUGGGCACGGAGGUGGACAUCCAUGGGGUCUACUUCCUGGGCAACACCUUCCAACGAGAAGGCAUGACCCGGGACACCCUCAGCUUAUUCCCUCACACCACGGUGACUGUUACCAUGAUACCAGACAAUGAUGGUAAGUUUGCGGUGGCCUGCAGGACUAGCGAUCACCACCAGGCUGGGAUGAGGAAUCACUACUGGGUGAAGAUUUGUGAACGGCAGGAUGUCCCACACGUAAGGGCUCCCCGGGCUACAGUGCAAUACUUCAUUGCUGCUGAAGAGGUGGAGUGGGACUACUCCCCCAGCAGGAGCUGGGAACUCGAGCUACAUAAUAAUACUGCAGACAGUCCUGGAAAUAUAUUUGUCGGAAAAGGGCCCAAUCUGAUUGGCUCUAAGUACAAGAAGGUUGUGUACAGGGAGUACACAGAUGCUACCUUCCGGACACGCAAAGCCAAGUCAGCAGACGAGCAACAUCUGGAGAUUCUUGGUCCAAUUAUCAGGGCAGAAACAGGAGAGAGUAUUCUGGUGAACUUCAAGAACAAGGCAAGCAGACCAUAUUCUAUGCAUGCCCAUGGAAUAAAAGCACACGGCAAAAACAUACCUAUCCAGCCAGGCAGAAUGAAACAAUACCAAUGGGAUGUUCCAGAACGAUCUGGACCUGGACCUUCAGACCCAAACUGUAUCACCUAUGUAUAUUACUCAAUAGUUGAUUAUGUCAAGGACAUGUUCAGUGGACUGAUCGGACCUCUGGUCAUCUGCAGGGAGGGGACUCUGGAUGAAAGCAGACAGAGGCAGGACAUAGACCGGGAGUUCGCUCUGCUGUUCAUGGUGUUUGAUGAGAAUGAAUCAUGGUACCUGGAGGAUAACAUCCAGACCUACAUGGACAAACCCCCAGAUGCCGCAGACAUGGACAAGUUUGAGGAGAGCAACAAAAUGCAUGCCAUCAAUGGAAAGCUCUAUGGUAAUCUCAAUGGCCUGAUUAUGAUAGAAGGGGAAAAGACCAACUGGUACCUUCUGGGGAUGGGCAAUGAAGUGGAUAUGCACACCGUUCAUUUCCAUGCACAGAGCUUCAUAUACAAGACUGACCAUACCCACCGUGCAGAUGUCUAUGACCUGUUCCCGGGAACAUUCCAGACAGUGGAGUUGACUGCAGGGAAUCCUGGGGAGUGGUUAUUACAUUGUCAUGUGACGGAUCACAUCCAUGCUGGCAUGGAGACAACCUUCAUCAUCCUGAGUAGCAACGCCGCUCCUGCACUGAAAAGCGCCCUGCUGCCCUGUGACAUGGGAGCAGCAGCAUCACUGCUGGCCUUCAUAGGACUGGGACUCCUGGCAGCAUCAGUUUAGGCUCCAAGAGAGGAAACUUUUACAGUGGACAGAAACAUACUAAUGUCAUCUUAAACAUAACAUUUAAUUCAGGAACUUCAUAUGGCUCAUAUCUUGCUCCUGUUUGUUAUUUAAGGAAAGAAACAGUGGACAUACCGGCAGAUUUUGUGGAUGCCCUUAAGUCCAAAUGUAAGAUUCUAUCAAGUUCAAUUGAUAUACCUCUACUCAGGUUAUAUUACAUCUUGAAUUUAUACUGUAUGCAAUGAGAGCUUUACCUAUAGUAUAUAGCUGCCAUAGCUGAACACCAAACAUCUUAAUUGACUUUACUUUAAGUAAAGUUUGGUCAUGUUCUUCUUCCAAUACUGACCCUAAAAUUGGCUUGAUAGAUUUGCAAGUUGCAUACAUGUUUUCUGAAGAUUGUUGACUAGGGCGGAGCAUAUUCAAUGUUCUACUUUUGUAGCACUCACAGAGAUUCACGCUGUUAAUAUUUUCGAUUAAAUUUAGAGGAAGAAGCAUUGCACCUUUAAAGAUAGGCAACACUGAACUGAAUACAUUCAACUGCACUUUGACUGCACUUCCCCAUAGCUUUAUAUUAAAGGGGAGAACUGACCUUAUAUCAUUAUAGAAUGGUGAUGUACAGCAUGCUUUUUAAGCCAGAUUUUGUGUGUCUUUGAGCUUAGUGCUACAGCCCUCAGUUCAGGAGAGUGUAGACAAUUACAUUUUCUCCCCCAAAAUGUGAUGUAAAGCUGCUGCUUUUCACUCUGCAGUCCACCAGUCAAGCUUGCACUGACAUUGGUCCAGAGGAAGAAACAAAUGUGUAGUUUGUGUUGUCAGACUGUGGAUGCCCAAAAUGACCAGAGGGGGUUGCUGGUGUGUGAGGAGAUGUCCCACUGACAGUAUCACCUUCCAUUUCUCAAGAGACAUUUAUGCACCGCUCUACACUCAGACACGGUCCAGAUUGGAUUCCAAAGGAGUGGGGUCCACACACAUUAACAAUGCAUUAACAGCAUGAGCAAAUUAGCAGCCCUUUAAAAUGUUUUAACAAAUUCCUUUUUUCUACAUUACAUGCAUUGUAUUUUUAUUAGUGAAUGUAUUCGAUACACAAGAACAUUUGUAACUUAUAAAAGAGUGAAAACUGAGGGUGAUUUAUUGGGGAAAUUCCUACUUCUAAGUAGGUCCUUGUAUUCUUUUAUCUGAUCUAUUAUGCUUAUCCUGCACCUUAAAUGGAUUGUGAGGGAAUUUUUCAUGAAUAUGAUUUCAGUAAUUCAGAAAUUCAUUGUCUUCCCUCUCCCUUUUCCCCAUGUUUAUGAUUGCUACUCCUUAUGUGAAAAAUCAUUUUAAAUCAUAGUAAA